CUCCCCAGUAACGCCGGGGAACGCCCAGGAGGGAGCGGCGGGGGGCGGCCCGGUCCUGCCUGCAGGGUCCGCCCCUUCCGCUGCGGAGUCCUCAGUGCUCGCGCCCCGGACGGUAACGGUGGUUUUCCUCUUGUCUCUCCCCGCUCUGAGCCUUGCUGAACACCAUGGCUACUCUCAAGGAGAAACUGAUGACCCCCAUUGCUGCGGGAACCACAGUCCCGAACAACAAGAUAACUGUUGUGGGGGUUGGACAGGUUGGGAUGGCCUGUGCUAUCAGCAUCCUUGGAAAGGGUCUUUGUGAUGAGCUUGCUCUGGUUGAUGUUUUGGAAGACAAACUAAAAGGAGAAAUGAUGGAUCUACAGCAUGGGAGCUUGUUCCUUCACACUCACAAGAUUAUGGCAGACAAAGACUAUGCUGUCACAGCCAACUCCAAGAUUGUGGUAGUAACUGCAGGAGUUCGUCAGCAAGAGGGGGAGAGUCGUCUCAACCUGGUUCAGAGGAAUGUGAAUGUCUUCAAAUUCAUCAUUCCUCAGAUUGUCAAAUACAGCCCCAACUGCAUCAUCCUGGUGGUUUCCAAUCCAGUGGAUAUAUUAACCUAUGUCACAUGGAAGCUGAGUGGCCUGCCAAAACACCGUGUGAUUGGAAGUGGCUGCAACCUAGACACGGCUAGAUUUCGCUAUCUGAUGGCUGAGAGACUUGGUAUCCACCCAACCAGCUGCCAUGGCUGGAUCUUAGGAGAACAUGGUGAUUCUAGUGUGGCUGUUUGGAGCGGAGUUAAUGUGGCAGGCGUUUCUCUCCAGGAGCUGAAUCCUGCCAUGGGUACUGACAAAGAUGGUGAGAACUGGAAGGAAGUCCACAAGCAAGUGGUUGAAAGUGCCUAUGAGGUAAUCAGACUUAAGGGAUACACAAACUGGGCCAUAGGCCUUAGUGUUGCUGACCUCUGUGAGACCAUGCUGAAGAACUUGUGCCGGGUCCAUUCAGUCUCAACACUGGUAAAGGGCAUGUAUGGUGUUGAGAAUGAUGUCUUCUUGAGCCUUCCUGCUGUCCUAAGUGCCUCUGGAUUGACAAGUGUCAUCAACCAAAAGCUGAAGGAUGAUGAGGUGGCUCAGCUGAAGAAGAGUGCGGAUACAUUGUGGAACAUCCAGAAGGAUCUCAAAGAUCUGUAACUCAUGAAUGUUAAAUUCCAACAAUAGAAGAACAGCAUGUUGUGUGCAAUUGUGGGCUCUACUCACUACACAUCUCUAUGGUUAACAUUUAAUGCUCUUCCAGACUGAGCUUUGUCCACAGUAGCUAAACUUAUGCUUGCUGUAAUGCACAGACCUUAUGAACAAAUAAAGCAACCUUCAGGCA